AUGACGCAGAAGGCUGCCAAUGCUCUCUGGACCCCACAGUUCUGCCCCCAGCAGGAACCAUUGCCCAGAAGAAAAGGCAGAAUGUUCCCCUGGGCCCUGGCUGUUCUGUGUGCGAUCUGUGCAGCGACCAGUGCCACUGAGAAGUGCAUUGUUCCUGCCGACCAGCAGUCCCUGGUCACUGAACUCCAACGUAGGAUGGAGAGCUCUGUCGUCCUGCAAAGCCCACCGAACCCCAGCAUCCUGAUUGCUUUGAACCUGGUCGGCACACAGGAUGGCACGAAGGAAAAGCUACUGGUGCAGCAGAUAAAAGACAGGGUCAUCAAGGAAGGCACAGCGGAAAUGACCUCUGGCGAGGUGGCCCUCUACGUCCUCGCCCUCCUCUCGUCCUGCGAGGAUCCCAAGCGCGUCACGGCUGACAUCAACUUGGUCGAAGUCUUGAAGUUGAAAACCAAGGAGGAGUUGACCUACUUGAGUGACCACGGCACGCCCAAGACGACGUUCUACCAGUUCAGCCUGGACACCCUGGCUCUGUGCCUAGAAGGGGCCAAUGUCAAAGAGGCAGCUCUAAGCCUGACCAAGGAGGCGCUGGCCAAGGAUUUCUUUGUGGACACCGGAGCCAUGGCGACUCUGGCACUGACCUGCGUGCAGAAUGCUGAGCAGAGCAGGAUCCUGGAGACCAUCCACAAGGCGCUGGACAAGCUCCGAAAGCAGAUUCUCAGGGCUGUGGAGACCAACACCGCCAAUAUAUACAGCAUCGGCUUGGCUCUUCAGGUGCUCAAUGUCACUCCGGUGUCCUAUCCCUCCGAGGACUGGAGCUGCUCACAGACGUUAGCCAAGGUGCUCACCGAGAUCUCCCAGGGAGCCUUUGACAACCCCAUGGCCGCUGCCCAGAUCCUCCCUUCCCUCGUGGGCAAAACCUACCUGAAUGUGAUCAGACUCAGCUGCUUGACAGUCAUGGUGGAAUACACCAUCACCAACCACCUCAGGGGGCAAUACUUCAACCACACCAUCCGCGUGAGUGUACCCAAAGGCUCUGUGCUGCUCUCCGUCCUGCAAGUGGCUCAGCAGAACAAUCCACAGGACUUCAGCUACGAAACAAAGCAGACAUCCUGGGGCCUCAUGGUGGUCUCCAUCAACAGCCGUGCUGCCAACUCCAACGACAAGACCUACUGGCAGUUCUUCAACGGCACAAAGCCCCUGGAGCAAGGUGUCGACAGCUAUGUACCAAGUAACAACGAGCAUAUCGAGGCCAUCUUCAGCACAUAUUGAGCACGCAGGUGGCCUGAGGGAAGAAGGGGAUGCAAUCAAGAGCGGGAGAGACCUCUUCUGUCGCCCUUCAAGAUCACAAGCCGGGCAAGACCCCUCUAGGCUGAAGAGAUACAUGCCCAACCCAUCACAGGGCUGUCAAGGGCAAAUAAAAA